AUGUUCGUUACUGUGAUAUUUGGUGAGGGAAGAGAGGAGAUAUUGAACCUAAAUUGCAAUGUUAUAAACUUCAUCCACUGCAUAAAAGAAAAAUGCAAUCUGGAUCCCCAAGAGACUGUGGACUUGAUGGACAGGAUGGGAGAGCUGGUGAACUUGGCAGAGAGAGCACAGAGCAACGACCUCGUCAGCAGUUUGCUGAAGGAGAGAGAGAGCUAUAUUCCAUUACAUGUAUCACGAGGUGAAGGCAGUGAAGGUCCAAAGUAUACUGCAGUGUUUGACUUUGGGACAAGUUACCCUGAGCUAGCAGAGAUUCUGAGAAAACUGUCAAAUCCUUCAAAGGAGAGGGACAAAAGGGGUGGAGCAUCUAAAAGAGGAGUAAGUCAAAACCGCAUCAAAGCUGCAGUCAACUUUAAGAAAGCCAUCACAACACCUCGGAGCUGA